AUGGCCGCCCAGAACCAUAAACCUGACGACGAGAUGGCUCUCGUCGACGAGGAGCUCCAGCUCGACGGCGAGGAGCUCCAUUUUGACGAGCUUCCUGCCAUCCCGUUCGCUCCCCCCCACGCAGCCGACGAGCCCCCGGCGGCCAAGAAGGUCUGCGUCGAAGCACCUCCGGCACCGGCCAGCAGUGCUAUGGCGGCUUUGGCUUCCUCCCGGCCCGUCAAUACCUCGGGCGCCUCCUCGGGCGCCCCUCCCCCUGCAACUGCUGCUCCUGCUCCGCCCCCUGCCUUGCGCAGGACCGCCACCCCCCCCUCUCGUCUUGGCGCCGCCCUUGGAGCUGGCACCAUCCUGUCUGCCCAUGCUUCUGGUCCCGCGCCCACCCGCAUCCUUCGCCGUCCGAGGACCGGCCCAGUCAUGCCGUGCCGCCGCCUCGCAGUGGUCUCGCUUCUUAUGCCCGAAACUCGCGCGGACGCUAUUUGCGCAGAUCUCAUCGCUCGCAUCACCGCCAUGCUGAAGCUGCAUUUCUUCCGCUGCGGCUCGGUUCCGGAGUUUGAGGUCGCCACCAGCGAGGCGCUCCGGGUUCCGCGCCGUUCCUACGCUCGGCUCUGCUUUUCGUGGCCUACCGAGGAAGAGGCCGAGGAUUUUAAGCGCCUCUUCCCCCGCUCUAUCCCCCUUAAUGCCUCCCGCUCUGUGCUCCUUAAGGUCUUCGAAGACCGCAACCCUGGCUUUACGGUUGCCAAAGCCGGGAGCGCCGCCACACUGUCGCUCCGCAACAUCCCCCCCGGGAAUACCUCGGAGGAUGUCUGCGAUUUUUUGCUGCAAGGUGCGGAUCCGGCAGAGCCUGCUUGGCUCGCGGACCUGCAGUUCUUUCAUCGCACCACCGACCCAUACGAGGAGGUUUUCCUCCCUGUCUUUACCGGCAUCCCCCUCCCCCCCCCGGAUGACUCGACCUUCUCCCGCAUCCCUGCUGUCAUCCCGUUUGCGGAUGACUCUCCUUCUGCCCUCCUCAACAUCUCCACCCACGUGUGUGCUUUUUGUGGGAACAACCACUGCGACUCUGACCACGAGACCUUCGCCUUCAAGCGCAAGCAGCGCCUGAACAACAAGGUUCAUAUUUCUAUUGCCCAGCUGCAGCAGACUAAUGCCCUUCCCCCAGGCCAAAUCCUCGGGGCACGUCCUGCUCUCGAUGCUUUCCACAAGGACCCUGGUCUCCUCUACAUCGGACUCGACACCGAAGUUGAGCCCUGGACCUGCGUCCUCUGCAUCUUUGCUUGUGACCCUGCCCUCGACUCCGCCAUGGCGCACAUGGCCUCCGAGGCUCAUACCUCCAAUUUGCGCGCAGCUGCCAAGGGCCCUGCUGCAAAGGAAAAGUAUAGCAACUGGAGGGCCCUUACCUUCCUGGCCACCCCCCAGAUCACGGCAUUCCUCUCCCAGUGA